AUGUCAAGAAUAAGCUUUGUAACACGACUGGCCAAGCAGUUGAACCGAAUCAAUGUCGAGAGAGCUCAGCCCCUCUCUUCUCGUUGUAACGCUACGCGACACUCCACCUUCUCUAGCCAAAAGAAUGAAGAGGAAUCCAUGAAGGACGCGAAUGCUAGCCAUUCCACGUCUCAGAACCGGAUCAAAGGCAUGGGAAGCGUGCCCCGUUGCCAAAUAGGAGAGAAUGUUCCGAGGAAGGACAAGAUCAGCUUUCUCGUGAGCACGCUCAUGGACCUCCCGGAUAGCAAGGAAGCCGUGUACAGCGCCCUGGAUGCUUGGGUUGCGUGGGAACGGGACUUCCCAAUUGGGGCGCUGAAGAAUGUGCUGCUCGCUCUCGAGAAAGAGCAGCAGUGGCACAGGGUAGUUCAGGUCAUCAAGUGGAUGCUGAGCAAGGGGCAGGGCACCACCAAUGGAACAUACGGCCAGUUGAUUCACGCCUUGGAUAUGGAUAAUCGGGUUGAGGAGGCGCAGGAGAUUUGGAAGAAGAAACUUGGUUUUGAUCUGCACUCAGUCCCAUGGAAACUGUGCAAUCUUGUGAUCUCAAUGUAUUACAGGAACAAGAUGCUCGAGGAGCUUGUGACGCUGUUCAAGGGGCUCGAGUCAUUCGACCGUAAGCCCCAAGAGAAAUCGAUUGUGCAGAAAGUGAGCAAUGCAUAUGAGCUGCUGGGCUUGCCUGAGGAAAAGGAAAGGGUGUUGGAGAAGUACAAGGAUCUGUUUGAAGCCAAGAAAACGAAGAAAAUCAUCCGCGGUCGCUCUCCCAAGAAAGCUAGAGCAAGCCAAAGAGGGUGAGUUUGAGGUCUAAUGUCCAUUGUAAUUACUCUUGUUGAUGGUUACACUCUUUGAUGGUGUGGUGAAGUUCCUAACUUUGGAGAAGUCUUAAACUUUUGUAGCAUUUUAGUUGUUACUUUGCUUUGAUAAAUUAUCUAGGAAAGCUUGAGCUUUGGAGCUGUUUUAUUA